GCUUCGCGAUCGGCUCGACCACGCUGAUUCGCCCGUUCGGUCGCACCUGGUGGUCCAGUUCUUUUCUCCUCCGGAUCUUCGCGUGUCGCGCUCCUGUCCGUGUCGCGUACGAGCGUCACGGCGUUAUAUCGCCCCAUUGUCCGGAGAAUGAGUCGAGUCGUGUGCGCCGCGAGAGGAGCCCGAUAGCGAACCGGACGCGUGUAGUUUUUCGGCGACAGCCCCCCUCCGAUGCUCGCGGCGGCGACGGCAGCUGACGGGGACGACGUACGACGACGAGGACGCCGCGAGAGUGAUAGCCGGCCGAGUACGCGCGAGGAACUCGACGAGGACUUGAACAACGUACUACUUGGGGACGGGAGUCGACGACGACGGCAGCAACGACGGCGACGACGAGGACGUUGUCGAGCGCUCUUCGGAUCUUGUACACGUCACGUAGUCUUCUAUGUGUCUCCUCUACGCGGACGCCACGCGACGACGACGUUGUAGGAUACUUGAGCAUAGCGCGGUCCGUUCCGUCAAUCAUGGACGUUGAUUGCCCGAUCGUUAGCUUGAAGCGAUCCAGCAGUGCGCCGAUGAUUAACGAGAUCAGCAGCGCGACCAUGUCCGUCACAACGCCGUCCACUUCGUCGUCAAGGGACGCUGUGUCAACCUUCAAUAUAUUUGCCAAUUCACCUCGUCUACGGCGCUUCAGCACUAGCAGCCCUGGUAAUGUUCCUAGAUUGACACCACGUGUGAGUCAAUUGAGGCAAGAGGAAUGCGUGGACGUUGCCGGUCGGGAGGCCGCACACGAAAGAGAAAUUCACAGUGCCAUGCAAAUAUCGCAAUCAUGGGAGGACCUUACCUUAGAGGCUGAAGGACUGUCAUUCAAGGACUCGGAGUCUCCCACGCAGCAGCUUAACAAAAUGGAACGGCAAAUCACAAAGAGGCCAUUAGAUCCUCUAAGUUUAAAUCUGUCCAUAACUGGUCCACCGUUGUGUUCUUCGCCUUCACCCACCAGAUCUGGAUUUAAUCAAAGACAAUGUUACUCACCCAGCAUUCACAUCUGGAAGAAUAACCUGUCUCCUAGUCCCACAAGAAAGGCAUUCGCUACAAGACGUAGUCUGAGUCCUAUUGCAAUAAGGCCAAGUUGUUUGGGGCCAGUCAAAAGGAAGUUCGAACUGGAUGAAACUGGAAUGGACCAUAACUUGCAACCGCCCGCAAAACGUACCUCCGGUUUGCUGACAUCGGUUACAUCCAGGUCGGAUGCGCUAUCGAGCCCGCUUCCAGGCACCAUUAGUUCCGUCGGCACGCCCGAAUCGUUGUCCAGCGCGGACUCGCCCAGCUUCUCCUUCCGGCCAGUGGACAGUCCGUCGCCGGUUCGCGUCGCGCCGAACAGCGACAGCGAUUCAACGUCGGACGCAAGCAAUCAAAGCAAACCGAUGGACUCGGUUCAAGUUGAUCAAAUCGGUCAGGACAAUCACAGAUGAAUACGAGAGACCGUCGUCGGACGUGCGAGAGCUGAGAGAUUCUACUUUGAUCCUUCUCAAUGUGGUCUAGGUAGUAUGUAUAAUUGCAUCCCGCAUUGAAUUCUCAAAUCGGUGUGCAUCCUCAUCGGUCUCGCCGUUCAGUGACAACGAAGAACGGUGUUCUUCCUCGGGAAAAGACUCGUCGGCGGUUAUAGAUUAGUUUGUAGAUCGCUCGGGGACUUCGGUGUGCGCGGGUGCGAACGUGAAGAUUGGAUUGGAGUUGGAACGCGUUCACUUUCAACUGACGUUCCUCGAAGAUACGAGUAAACGUAGCGCCAACAGUGUUCUCCCUUUGAUUCUGCUAUAUAUAUAUGUAUAUAUAUACAUCCGCGGCAGACGCUUUUUACCUAUGUGGCGUGUUAAUCGUAUCGUUCGGUUCAAGGUUUAUCCCGCGACGAACAUUCGAGGGUUCCAAAUCUGAAAUGGUUCGUUUCCUCCCUUUUUCUUGUUUUCCUUUUUCCCCCCUUCUUUUUCUUCGUUUAGAUAGUACUGUACGAUUGUAGAUGUAUCGACUAAUAUAUAUGCGCGAUAGCGGUCCUUUCACGCUCUUCCUUUUGUUCUGCCCCCCCCCCCUCCGCCCCUCUUCAAUGACCUUACUCUUGUUAUCUAUUUUUAAUAUUCGAUAUGUAAGCAAUGUGUUAUGGUCGUUGGUCGACUUUACGACUCAACGACUCGCAAACAUGAUUUGUAAUCAAAGAUGUGUUUAUUGUAUUGAUGAUCGAGGUUGCGUUUAAUCUCACGCUUAAUCGGCUCCGCAUUAUUGUAUAGAUACAAUCCGGACGAUGCCUGAUUGCCGAUAAUUCUCCUUUAAUUCCUUGUCCAUCGUUACAUUAUUUCCACCAGUAUAUCGCGGUGGGACUUAGGGGUUUCGACCACGCUAAGGGAUCCCCACGCGGGUGUAAUUUAGGUCUUCGCACGCCCGUAUUUCUUGGCUGUAUACUUAGCCUUAAAUUACGGGAGAUUUGUAGAUUUUUAUCAUUCUUGGAAAAGCUUGAGACAGUGAUGAUUAUAAUCGUGCAACCUAAGAGUACCUAAAAUAUGCCGGGAAGGUAUUUGGGCAAGAUUAGAGAAGAUUAGGUAGUAUUCUUUGAAACAUCUUAUUAAUUAUCGCAUUAUCUGAGUCGUUUUUAAAAGAACAUUGCCGCGUGAUUUCGGCAUGGCGUAGCUCUUUUGCCUUCGAGGAUCGUAAGUAUUUCUGAUCUGAAAUGGGAAAAAUUGCUUAGCCUUCCUUAGCUUCUGACCGCCGCGUUAUCAGAUUACGAUCGGAUCGGAUCGGUUUAUCAGAUUUGUGGCUGGACGAAACUCGAGUUCCAGUGUAGUAUCGAAUAGUUUAAUGUAUGUACAUACAUAUACACACGUACGUACGUACGCACGCAUAAAAACGCCGUUGUAAUUCAUGAAGUAACGAUCUUGUCAUACGUAUGAAUAAUAAUAAUGUGUAGACGCGUUUAUUCUAGAUUUCUCUUGAUAAUGUCGUACCUCUUAUCUACGGAUAUCGCUCUUUCUUUGAUGCUUUUUGUAGGAACAAUGGUGUCACAUAGAUUCUGCAGGAUACUUUCUUUAUUUAAACCAAAGCAUAAGUAUUAAGUUUGAAUUGUCUUGCACUACAGUUAGUAUUUCUUCAUCCUCUUUCUCAUUCGAUGCGCAGGUUGGCUUGCGCGAGAUCAUGCGACCUUACGCCCUUACGUCCCAGUAAAAUGUCUCUCCGCAAAAAUGAUUUUCAAUCAAAACGAGCAUUCCGAGAAGAAUUCUACGCUACUUUAAUCGGGCAUUACUUGUUUGAAAUAUUUAUUUAUAUAAAUAUAUAUAAAUAGAGAGAGAGAGAUAUGAAAAGGAAGAGAAAGCGCCGGUUAUAUUUAUGUAUAUCUAUAUAAAAUUAGAUUUCAGGGGUAACUUGACUGAAUCAAUGCUAUGAAUCUGUGCCAGAAAAUAUUAUUAGUAAUAUGUGCAGAAAAGAAUUUUUAGAGAUCUUGUAUAUACGUUGUAGGAUGUAUAUUUCAAAUUUCCGCUCGCCUGUUAAUAAACCUGUUCGUAGGCCACGUUACUUUUUCAUUUUUCAGAUAGACAAGAUAGAGAAAGAUUUUUAUUAAAGCCCACGUCUCCGCUUCGAGUUGCAAAUUGUUUUGAUCGACUUUUGAAGCUCUUAAUACCAGUUCCAGCUUUGUCAUCCCUCGUGUAGACCAAUGUGAAUAGGAUGGUCAUUAUGUAGGACGCAUAUUUUUAAUGGGAAAUCAAUGAUCCAGAAAUGCGAACGUAAAAUUCUUCAUCCCUUUGCACGGUGGAUUUUUUAAUGGAUUUUUUCGUAUGAUUUAUUUAUUAUGUUGACAUAGCCGUGCUAAAUCUUUAACAGGAAAGUGGAUUUUUAAAAAGCGUAUGCAUAUGCUUCCUACAUUUAAGACUGAGACUAGCGCCGCGCAAGGCAUACACGAUAAACAAACCAGCCUCUUUCCCGUAGGAUAUAUUAGAACCUACAAUUAUACUUAUUGAAUAAUAUUUUUUCUGUAACGGUAGUUGCACGAGAGAAAGAUUGAAGUGUGCCAAUGCAAUUUUGAACUAAAUGCAACGUUUACAUUAAUACGGUGAUCUUUUAUUGUUUAAUAUAUUCGUGGAGCCAAUUGACAAUUUAGAAAUUGUUUAUGCUGUUUGUGUGAAUGACAAAUUGUAAAAUAAUAUUUAUUAAUUGCGCGUGCGCGCGUAGAUUUUAUGUUAUUGUAAAAUCUCGUUACAUGGUGAUUUUCUAACUAAAUCGUUUUGUAAAAGAAAUGUUUUUUAGGAAACAAAUAAAUUUCUUUAAGG